AUGACGAUUAACGACACUCUUAGGGCAUUACAAAAUCUUAAGUCUUGUAAAUCAACUGGUUUAGAUAAUAUCAGUGCAAGAUUUCUUAAGAUAGCAACCCCUAGUAUAGCACCUUCUAUUACAAAAAUCAUGAACAUAUCCCUAAAUACUGCGGUAUUUCCAACAAGGUGGAAGACAGCAAAAGUUGUCCCACUCUUUAACGCCGGCGAGAGGGAUAAUGUUACGAACUAUCGUCCUAUAUCAAUUUUGCCAGUCAUCUCGAAGAUUAUCGAGAAACAUGUGCAUAACCACCUUGAUGCAUACAUGACGGCGACAAUUCCACAGCACCGAAACGGCGUUGAUAAAGAUAAUUGA